UGUGUGUGUGUGUGUGUGUGUCCAGGUGUGUGUGUGCGGAGGGUUUCGAGGGGGAUGUGUGUGAGAUCAACGUUGACGACUGUGAAGACAACGACUGUGAGAACAACGCAACCUGCAUCGACGGAGUCAACAACUAUACCUGCAUGUGUGGCCUGGAGUACACAGCUGCUACCAAUGAGGUGGAGAGAGGUGAGCUGUGUGAGGAGAAAUUAGAUUUCUGUGCUCCAGAGUUGAACCCCUGCCAGCACGACUCCAAAUGCAUCCUGACCCUUCAGGGGUACAAGUGUGAGUGUACCCCAGGCUACGUGGGGGAUCAGUGUGAGCUGGACUAUGAUGACUGUGAGGAGAACAAGUGUCAGAACGGAGCUCAGUGUAUUGAUGCGGUCAACGGAUACACCUGUGUCUGUCCUGAGGGAUACAGCGGUCUGUUCUGUGAGUUCCCUCCUCCCAUGGUUCUGCCGCGCACCAGUCCCUGUGACGACCACGAGUGUAUGAACGGAGCGCAGUGCGUUAUCGUGGAGACGGACCCCCGUUGUCAGUGUCUCCAUGGUUACGAGGGCGAGUGGUGCGAGACGCUAGCCAGUGUCAACUUUGUCAACCGACGGUCUUACCUGCAGCUGCCCUCUAGUCUAAUCACACCUGAGACAAACAUCACACUACAGAUUGCUACAGAUGAGGACAGUGGUGUGUUGCUGUACAAAGGAGACAAGGACCACAUUACCAUAGAGUUGUAUAGAGGACGUCUCCGUGUCAGCUACCACACUGGAACAAACCCUGCCUCUGCUAUAUACAGUGUGGAGACAGUAAAUGACGGUGUAUUCCAUGUGGUAGAGUUGGUGGCAUCAGAUCAGACUGUAUCUCUGUCUAUUGAUGGAGGACCAGUCAAGUCUAUCAACUCUCUGAGUAAACAGUCAACACUCAGCAUCGAUUCUCCUCUAUACCUGGGAGGUAUGCCAGAUCGUUGGUCAGUCCCUGCAGCGCUGCAGUCUGGAGUUGGGGGGCAGAACGGGACCAGCUUCCACGGCUGUCUCAGGAACCUCUACAUCAACGGACAGCUGCAGGACCUGGGGGUCGGGCUGGAGCAGGGACAGACUGGGGUUGAAGCGGGAUGCCAGCCAUGCCAGGCAGGGGUGUGUGGCCAGGGUGAGUGCCACCCAACCGGUCAGAGAGGCUUCUCCUGUACCUGCCACCCUGGGUGGACCGGAGACCGUUGUCAGGACCAGGUCAACAACCCCUGUGAUGGGAACAAGUGUAUCCAUGGUUCAUGUCUUCCUAUCAAUUCCUACUCGUACUCCUGUCGCUGCCAGCCAGGAUUCCUCGGGGUGCUGUGUGACGAGGCAGACCAGGAAGUGCUGGACCCCUGUCAGCUGACCAGGUGUAAACAUGGGAAAUGUAGGCUGUCUGGCCUGGGCAAGGCCUACUGUCAAUGUAACCUAGGAUACACGGGGGACGCCUGCGACAGAG